AGGCAGCUAAGCGAACCAUGCGACUCUCUGACCGAGUGCUGUGCCUGUGCCUCACCGCAGCCAAUGUGGCAGAAGUUGGUUCCAACCGAACUACUAACCUGCACCUAAGCGGAACAUUGGCUCAGACCAGGAGGAUCAUCUUUUCUGGAGGCUAAUGCAGGUGGUGUCCAUCACUCUCUGCAGUGACAUGGAGACAGAACCGUGUUGUGAAGAGCACGAAGACCCUGCAGCUGAGCCUACAGAGCCCGAGGUAACAGAGGCCAUUUCCAAGCUUUCUGACGGGGACAGUCACACCGAGCCGCCCUGUGGGCCUGCAGAGGAAGGCGAGGAGCUGAGUGGGAAAGAGCAGGCUGAAACAGCGAGCUGUGCAGAAGAGAGUAAAAACACUGAGAUAAAAACCCCCUCUGAUCCUGAGCAAAGUGAAGACACAGGAUGUAAGGAGCGGAGGAAACUGAAAAAAACAAACAGCUGGAAGAUGGUGCGGUUUCAAGACCCAUCAACAGAGGAUGAUGUGUUGGAGAGAGACAGCUCAGCAGAGAGCCUCUUUCCAGAAUACGCCACGGUGGAGUGGACUUCCUCCACCUUUGAGGAGCUGUUUGCAGCAAAUGAUUGGCAUGACAUCACAGGGGAUCGGCUGUUGAGGAAGAAGUUGUUGGAGUCCGGGGACCCGCUCGCCCUGAGCCCCGCCUGGGGCCAGGAGGUUACUGUGAAGAUGCAAUGUGUCCUGGAGGACCGCACUGUGGUGGAGAAGGACUGCAAGCUUGUCCUUGUUAUUGGAGAGGGAGAUGUAAACCAGGCCCUGGAGGAGGGUGUCAUGUCCAUGCAGAAGGGCGAGAUCACAUUACUGCUGGCAGAUUCGCAGUAUACCUAUGGACAUCUGGGAAGGGAGCCUGAUAUUCCAGCCUGGGCUCCUCUACUCUACCAGCUCCAGGUGCUGGACGUCAGAGAGAAACCGGACCCGUUAACUCUGCCCAUUGAUGACCGCAUCCGCAUCAGCAACCAGAAACGAGAGCGAGGAAACUUUCAUUUCCAGAGGGAGGAAUACAGCAUGGCUGCCAGAGCCUAUUGCAUGGCUCUGGAUGUGCUGACCACAGGCAGCAGAGAUGGUAGUGACGGUGGCGUGGAGGCAGAGGAGGAGGAGGUGCGGGACUACCGGGUGAAGUGUUUGAACAACCUGGCCACCGCUCAGCUCAAACUGGAGCAGUUUGAUAAGGCGCUGCACACCAGCCGGGACGUUCUGACCCUUGAGCCAAACAACGUCAAGUCCCUUUUCAGGGCGGGAAAGCUGUUGUCAGACAUGGGCCAAUACAAAGAGGCGAUGGAGGUGCUAAAGAAGGCAUUGAAACUGGAGCCGGCCACCAAGGCGAUCCACGUCGAGUUAUCUAAACUCGUCAAAAGACAAUCAGGAGGCAAAGACACUCAGGAAUGGAGAGCUAAACCAGCAGAGAUGCUUGGAGAAAAUAUCGCACCUUUCCUGAUUCCUUCUAAGAAGAAACGAUCUGGAAUUUCCUGGAAGUUUAUACUCGGAGCUUUGAUUGUGGCCUUGGGCAGCUUAGUGACGUCAAUGAUACUGACUGCAAGAAACUGAAAUCCUCUACAGGAAGCACUUUGAAAAUCAUUGUGUGCAGGUGCGGAGUUUGUUUCUCAUUAGUUCAUUAAAAAGAGUUUCUACUGUGAAGACACAAGAAGGUUUGCAACGCAGCAGCACCGCAGCCUCAAGUUGUAUUUAUGCCGAGUUUUACAUGGUAGAAAAAUGUUUCAUUGAAAGGUGUGAAGUAUUUAUGAAAACCAGUCUAGUGCAGCAUCAAGUGAAGACCAGCAGAGAUUUCUGCUGAUCGAUAAGACAGAAGUUUCUAACAGUCAUCUUUCCAGUUACAUCUGUUUUAUUUGGAGAAGGGAUUACAUUUCUGUUUGACAUAUAAAAAAAGGGGCCUGGAAAAUAUAUUGGUAUCACAGAUACGCAGGAGAAAAAAAAAAAAGAAAAAAGACAAAAAACUGGCCCUUGAAGUUUUGUUAAGAUUCAGAUUUUCAGUGAAUGGAAAUCAUUUUUAAAGAGACAGCUAACCUCGUUAUCAAAAAUGUUUUUCGUUUUACCUGCAGUGCUAUUUAUCAGUCUAGAUCAGUGGUUCCCAACUGCUUUGUCGCAGUCCAAAAGUGGG